GUUUGUCGGCGUCACACUUCCGGUCACGUGGCUUUGUUUUGCCCGUGCCCGGCUUCCCGUGGAGAGAAAAUGGCGAGAAACGAGGAGAAGCAGCAGGGGAGGCUGAACAGACUGUGGCUGCAGAGGGAGAGAGAAGCGGGUCGCCUCAGAGACGUGCAGGAGAAGAGACCUCGGCUGGCCGCUCUGACCUCGGCCUCCUCGGUGAAGAAAUGGAUCCCCAGCAUCAAGUCAGAGAUAGAGUAUUACCUGCAGCAGUCACAGCUGACUCACUACCCGGAGAGGAAGAUCGCUCAGUUCCAGCUGCACAUCCAGGCUUUAGAGCGAGAGUACAAGAACUUCAUCUCCAAGCUGCGAGUCCUGGACCCGACCUGCAAGCACACGCCGUGGACCCCCAGAGCGUACUGCAAACGCAGAGCUGACCCCCAGGAUGGGCCCUGCAGAGUGAAAUCUCCUCGUCUCUGUGAGACUAAUGAAGAAGAACCAGACUGCAGGACAGGAUCUAACAGAGCUUCAGAUCCAGGCCAGACUCUCACGUUUCAGACUGAACCAGUCUUAGGUACCUCAGGGGGGGUCUGUGCAGACCAGGACCAGGACCAGGACCAGCCCCUCUCCUUCGAUCGCACCCGGCUGGCCGUGGCUGUUGCUGCUUACAGGGGACCGGUCUCUCAGCUGGGCUCCUCACAGACUCAGAGUCUGACCCGGGUCCUGCAGUCGGGACUUCCUAACCUCAUGACCUCCUCGCCCUCCUCUUCAUCACAGAGCAGAGACUCACAGAGCGAUGAAGGAUCCACGUUAGGGUCUGUUAUGGAACAGAGGACUCAAGUCCUGGCUGCAGAGAGGAACUCUGGGAAAUCCUCUGUGAGUCAGACCGCAGAGGAGAGGAGCGCUCACGUCCUGGGACUGGACUGCUACUCUUCAUCCUCUGAUGAUGAGGAGGAGGCAGAGGACAGCUGAUCCUUCAUGCUUCAUGUUUCAUACAUUUUAAAAACAGUCACGUGUUUAAUGUUUCCUCUUCGUGCUGCCGGACCUUGAGCAGCGGGCUGCAGGACGGCUUGGCUUGCUCUGUGGGACGAUGACCCGUCUUCAUGAGUCUCAAAUGUCUUUCCUUCAUGAUGUAACGAGGAAGAGGAAAGAGGUGUGAGCUCACCUUUGAAUUAUGAUGAAUACAGUUAAAUAAAAAUCCCAUCUCAGUC